AUGUCUCAUAACAUUCUCAUCACUGGCGGCUCCGGCUAUCUUGGCGGAAGUCUCCUGCACCGUCUUCCUACUGCCGGCCUGCCGCCGUACAAUAAGUUGUUCGCACUUGUUCGAACGGAUGCACAGGCCGAAAAAGUCAAGGAGCUAUACGACGCUCACCCUCUCCAAGUAGAUUUGCAUGAUGAAGCCGCAGUGCAGAAGAGUAUCGAAGACAACGACAUCUCUGUCGUCUUCUUCCUCAUUGAUGCCGCAAACCCGACGAUGCAGGUGCCCAUGAUCAAGGGGCUCGCCGAGGUCAAGAAGCGAAAGGGCGGAGACGUUCACUUUCUCCAUACGACGGGAGCCAAGCUCUUCUCUUCGCAUGCCGGAGCGCCAACAGACCAUCCCUUGUUGGACACGGACCCGAAGCUUUACGAGAUUCAAAAGUCUCAAAAGGCGACAUUCACUCCGGCGCAAAAGGCAAGUACUUUCUAUACUGCCAUAGAUACCAAUAAUACCGUUGUUGAUGUAGCCGAACCCCUUGGCGUUCAUUCGUACAUUUUUGCCCCCUGUAUUGUUUAUGGAAAGGGAGAAGGGUUUGGAAACACCAUCUCUAUUCAGACAGUAGCCAUAGUCAAGGCUGCAAAAGCAGCUCGGCGCGUCUACAGGACAGACGAGGGCAAACCGACCUGGCCAGUCUGCCACAUCAACGACAACACCAGCCUCUACACGACUAUCCUAAAAGCGAUUCUGUCCGGUGCCAACCCCGGCUACGGCAAGCACGGAUACUAUCUCGCCUCGCCCGGGUCCGUGGCGUGGGAUGACUUGUACGACGCCAUGGCGGCAGCGCUGCACCAGCACGGCGUCAUUGACGACGCCCGUGUGGAGCUGGCGGACCGCGCGGCCCUUGAGAAGAUGGCUCAGGGCACUGGAAAUCCGCCCGAAAUGGUCCACUUUGAGGUCGGCGGCAAAUGCACCUUUACGGCCAAGCAUGGCUAUCAGCUCGGCUGGGAGCCCGAGUACAAACCGGAGCAUAUUCUCGAGACGGCUGGAGAUGAAGUCAGCUUGAUCCUGGCCAAUCUUUGA